AUGGACAGCGUGGUCUUCUUCACUCUCGCGCUGCUGGUGGUCGGAUUGCUGACGAGCGGCUUUGCCAUAGAAAUUCGCAACUUGACUCAACGCUCCGCGUCGUUGCUUUGCGGGGACAACUCGCCUUACUCUCCUAGCAUCGUAAACGUGAGUGACAUCAAGUAUCAUUCCGACCACAAGUACUACCGCACGUUGAGGAGCAUGCCUUCUCUUCAGCCACCUCUCUUCCAUGGCAACCACGCAGCUCUGUGCAGGAACCAGAUUCAGCUCAAGCGCAAGUAUCGCACGUUCAGCAAUUGCUUGCCGAUCUCUGGACGAAAAGAUGCGGAACGUUGCAGUGGCGCCGACCGCAUGAACCUCUUGGAGCAGAAUUCAUCCGACACAAUUUGUCACGCGAGCGUCCUGCACAUGCUGCUGGUGGAGGUGUACGAGGAGCUACAAGAGUUGGAGAAAUCUUCUGUCGUCCUGUACGGAUCCCUCCUGGGUGCAGUUCGUGAUAAGGGCGUCAUCCCAUUUACGGAGGACGCUGAUAUCGGUUAG